AUGGAGCCCUCUGUGCAUAAACUAAAAGAAAUUCAAGAGAAUGCAAAGGUUCAGGUGACUCAUAAGGUGACACAAAUGUGGAUCCAGGCACUAGAGAAGUUUUGUUCUGAUGUUGGGUAUAAAAGAAAAAUUGAAGAAGUGAAUUCAAAAACAGUCUUGGAGGAUCAAUUAUCGAAGUUUGUGUAUGUGAUGACAAGACAGAACAGUAAAGAGUAUCACACAAUGUCUGUAAGAAGCUGUAUGGUAGCAAUUUGGAGAUAUCUCAAUGAGUAUUCGGUAAUGGAAAAGCCUGUGGAUAUACUUAAUCCAAAGGUGUAUUUCGAUUUGAAUCAAGUAAUUAAUGAAAAAUUGAAGACCCUUACUGCGAAAGGCCUUGGUGAACAUGUCAGAGCCGAUGGGUUGACAUUAAAUGAGGUUGAGCAAAUCUUGGACUACUCUACAAUUAACAACCGUAAUAAAUUUUUAUCUAAAGCCAAUAUCUUGAAUUCAGUAGAAUUCUGUGGACAAUGGUAUUAUGCACAUACUCUGGAUAAACAAAAGUUGAAAGAGUAUUUUAAGAUCAUAUGCGAAACCACAGCUCCUAAUGACUACAAUGACAAUGCCACCUCUAUUGACUAUAAUAACAAUACCACCCCUAUUGACUAUAAUAACAAUGCCAAUCCUGAUAAUUAUGAUGAACACAGUGCCCCUGAUAAUAAUGAAGCUCCCAAAGGUCAACGAAAAGCUUCAUUGGUAAAUGCAUUUGAUGAUCUUGAAGUAUUUUCUGAUGGAUCAAGCAAUGUUUUGACUGAGUGUAAUCAGAAUGUUCAUGAUACAGAUGAUGAAAAAGAGAAGGACAAGAGCGCAAAAAAGAAUAAUCAAAAAGAGAAGGUUAGAGCCGUUAUUGGAAGUUAUCUUAUGUAA